CGGGCGCGGUACGAGAGGCGGGAGAAAAGGGCUCCAACUGUCCGCCCUGCGCUGCCCGCCGCCCCUUCGGGAGGGGUCCUGCGAGGCCGAGGCACGCUGUCUUGAAGAAUGUCGGGAAGCUUCUACUUCGUGAUAGUUGGCCAUCAUGACAACCCCGUGUUUGAGAUGGAAUUCCUGCCUCCUGGAAAAGCGGAGUCCAAGGAUGAUCAUCGCCAUCUCAACCAGUUCAUUGCCCAUGCUGCUCUUGACCUAGUAGAUGAGAACAUGUGGCUUUCUAACAACAUGUAUCUGAAGACUGUGGACAAGUUUAAUGAAUGGUUUGUUUCUGCUUUUGUCACGGCUGGACAUAUGAGAUUUAUAAUGCUUCAUGACAUAAGGCAAGAAGAUGGAAUAAAGAACUUCUUUAAUGAUGUAUAUGACUUGUAUAUAAAGUUUGCAAUGAACCCAUUUUACGAACUCAAUUCACCAAUUCGAUCCAGUGCCUUUGAAAGGAAAGUGCAGUUUCUUGGGAAGAAGCACCUUUUGAGCUGAAUAAAUAACUUUCCUGAGUGAGUCCUUUUCCAUGCUUCCCUGAUUUGAACUGUAGUUCUGGGUAGUUCUCAGCAUGCUGGAUAUCCAUCUUCCUGAAGAUUGACAAAUUGGAUGCUGAAGUAGCUUUUCUUCUUGUUGAUACAGAUAAAACAGCCAAGUUCUCUGGUUAAAAAAUGUACCUUAAGGAGUUUGUCUUACAAAAACUAAGUGUAACAGUGUCUGGGCUGAAUAGGUACGAAGUGAGGUAUGUCAGUGCAUGUGCGAAGUCUCUUACAGUCUCUUACAGAGGGUAAGAGGACAUCUGAUCUAAACACUGAAGGCUUCUGAAUCUCUUGUGAGUUGAUUUAAUAUGAGCAAAAGGGUGUUUUUUAUUUUAUUGGCCUAAAUGGAUAAAUCUGUUGUGAACUCUUCUACUUAGUCUUUUCCUAGAGAAUGUACUCUGCAGGCUAACUGGACUCUUCAUAGUAUUAAAUAAGGCAUAUAUUAAACUUCAACAUAAUAGAUGUAUUAUGAAGCCCUAAAUUAAAAUAAAAAAAAAAAUCCGCAAGGCUUUGUCUUCAGCAUUUUGGCAAGUUUUACUUUAAAAAAAAAAACUUCCAAGGUUUGUUUUUUAAACUUAAGGUUGCAAAUGUCUCACGUUUGGCACAACAGGUGCUUAGAGCUGCAGUGUUGCAUGAAUGAAAUGCACAGAGCAGAUCACAACAGCUGUCUGCACUGACUUCAAAUCUAAUUCACACAUGGAAAAAAAAAACCAAACAAACCCAACAACUAAACUUAGGUGUUUAAACCCCCAUCUUUCUAUUAUCUCUGCAAGUGCUGAAAUACUCCUUUUGAAAGGGUAUUUAUUUCUACUGGGAUCUUUGAACCUCCAGUAAGAUUUCAGAAGGACUUUGCUGGGCCUCUUUGGCUACUAUCUCAUUCUAAAAUGUGGUUAUGUACUUUUUUUUUUCUUUUUUUUUUUUUUGCAAAACUUCAUUUUAAACUACUGAUUUUUUAAAGGGGUCAUUCAGCAUAUAUAUACCUACUAUUUUGGCUGGUUUCACAAUUGGUUAGUCACAAUCUUUUGUGAAAUCUGUUUCUUUCUGCAGAACGUGUCUGAUAAGCAAUUUCCAAAGGAAGAGGCACACUAUUCUAAAUAAAUAAAUACAUCUUGUGUAGUUUGUGUACUAAAGGGACCACAGAUGUAGGCACUUUAUGUACAACCAGUUAUUAUUUCUUUGUAAUUUAUACGUAAUGCUGAAGCAUCACUGUAAAAUAUUCCCUGUGAGAAGCAACACUGUGCAAUAUAGAAUGUGAUAUUUACCUUAAAUAAAAGGAGGACUGAUGCAGCA